AUGUGGCCACCCAGCUCCUGUCUGUGGUUGGCUCUCGUCCUCCUGGUGGGCGCGACCCAGGGCCAAAGCGGCAGUCGAGAGCACUUCGAGGAUGCGGACAAGUCAAGCGAGUAUACGGAUCAGCAGUACGACCUGCGGCACACGAUUCCCGGAGAGCCGGGCCUCGACUAUCCCAUUCUGAGUUCCCCGCCAAAGACCAGCUUUGUAUGCAAGGGAAGACAUGAAGGUUAUUACGCGGAUGUGGAAAGUCGCUGCCAGGCCUUUCGCAUUUGUGCCCAUACUGCCCGCUCACCACAAGGAUUCGGAUUCCUCUGCCCCAAUGGAACGCUCUUCAGUCAGAAGAACUUUGUUUGCGAUUGGUACCGCAAUGUGAACUGCGAUGAUUCUGAGAGGUAUUAUGAAAUGAACGAGGAGAAAACCGUGGGCAGCACCCACGAAAUGAUGGAGCGAGUGCGUCACAUGAUGGAGUACCCCAUGAAAACCAUUUCGAAAGCCUUGCAACAAACCCAAACCCAGUCGCAGAAUCCGCACCACAGUCUUAGCAAAGAUUUGAGUGGAGCUAUUGGUGUUUUGAGCCAACCUGCAGCCAUUAAGCACAAUCCUGAAUCCCCCCCAGCUGUUGGACGCGGUGAAGACGUAAAAAGUGAGCCACUAAAUGCGGCGCAAAUAGGUAGCAUAAACGCCGAGGACAGUGAAGACGAGGGAAUAUAUGUGAACAGCUUGGGAGAACUUUCCUCAGAUCCAGGCAUUCAGUUUGAUCACACCAAUGCCCACAUCGUGGCAGAAUAUCCCAGGGAAUACCACUUCCAAAAGCAAAAGAAUUUUGCCGAGCGUGUUAACGCGGGCUUGGAGACCUUUACGGAUUCGGAAUCAACCAAUUCAGAGGUUAUGGCACCCGAUUACAUCAAGCAUAUCAGAAAUACGAAGGACGAGGCCGUGCAACAAGAUCUUGUAUCGAACAUUAACAAUCUGCUGGAUGAGGUAUCCACCGAUGUGGAUCCCUCCGUUUCCGGCUAUCAAUCAAUGGUGCCGCCGAAAGUUAAGCAACCAUUCCGAUUCCUAAGUCGUGGCUUCUCCAUGCAGGGGGAAAACGGAAAGGGCAGCUCAUCUUCGGGCUAUGGCUACAUUAAACCCAAGCAAACGGCCAGCACUGUGAGAUUUACGCCCAAUGAGAUACCCACCGAAGAUCACAAAUCCAUUGAGCACAAACACAAGUUUCCCAAACCAACAAGUACCACCAGCACCACUUCUACAGCCACUGAGUCAAUAGAACAACUGCUGAUAGCACCAACUUUGCCACCCGCUGAGGAUGAGGAAGUAAGCACGUCAGUGGCAUCUGAGGUCACCUCAACCCCGGCCGCGGAACCACUCACGUUCUUGGCUCCACCACUGUCAGAAGUGGUGGCUAAGGGGGAAGAGUCGGCCAUCGAAUCCAUUGGACAGGCAGCAGCUCUCACUGCCAGUCUGCCCAUAAGUGAGGAUAUAGUCCGAGUGGAGCAGACUACCGAAGACUCUGAGAAGAAUGAUGUGCAUCAAGAGGCUGCCAAGCUGUUGCUGGCAGGUGUGCAGCUGACCUCCCACAAUGUUGAGAAACCUUUGGAAGGGAACGAUGUGGUGGUCACCAGUACCACAACCAAUAGCCCCAUCACGCCUGUCAUGGUCACAUCCACCGAAGUGGUGACCGAGAUCAGUAGCACUCAGGAGCGGAUUCGUGGCUACCGCAGGAAUCGGCCCGGCGCCAUGUUGAAGCGUGCCCACAUUCGCCCCUUGCCCACUGUGCGAACCACAACAGCGUCUACCACGCCAAGGAGCACAACACCCACCAGAAGCUACCUGGAACGCCUGGCCGCCAGCAGGUUGCGACUUUCUCGACUGUCCCAAGCCACCAGAAGCACCACAAAGGCAACAACGUCCUUGCCCAGCACCACAACAAUCCCGGCGACAACCACUACAGUGUCCUCAUUCCAGCAGAUUCGCGGUGGAGCCGAACCAGGUCCAAAUAAGAGGCUAACAGUGCGCGAUAUCGAUCGCGAGACAAAGGUGGCGCCAAGCAAGGCCAACUGGGAAAGCGUCCACAGCAACCUGCAACGUUUCCAGGUGCAACGCGGCAAUCGAGUGUAUACACCAGCAACACGAGCCAGCAGCGUUAAUGUGGCAACCACCAGCAGCACCACCACCACUCCCAGAAGCUAUGUUGCGGCCACAUCUACGCGAUCCACCGUUAACGUCAAUCGCGGCAAGAAUCGCUACUCCAACUUCAAGACCCAGGCACCCGUGCAAAGAACUCGGGGUACCACCACACCGAGCACCACUCUGCGCCCCACAUCCUCGCUGUCUUCGCUGAACCAACAUAUCUCCGCCCUGGCAUCGAACUAUAAUGCUGGCUAUAGUUACAACCAGGCCACGCAAAUCAGCAAACCCAUCCCACAGUCACCAUCACAUGUCUAUGCCACACACACAGCCAGCGAUAUCGCUGGGCACGCCUAUCAAACCCAAGCCACAUCCAGUCUCAAUCCCGCCUCCGCUUUCCUUUCCUUUGACAAGUUAACCCGUGCCAUUGUUGACGAAUCCGUUUUACAGAAUUUUAAGAGUGCCCAGUCGCAGGGUUCCAAUCAACCUCAGCGCCAGCAGCAGCAACACCAAGUGGCCAAGCAGCAACACCACUCGCCUAGCAGCAGCUACGUUAAGCCAGCAGCAGCGCCAGCUAUUUCCAGUCUGACUGCGCCUCCACGCCCCCAGCAAACAGCGCAGUCAUCUGUGCUGCCUCCUCCACCUGGAAUUGUGAUAGCACGAGCUGAAGGCCAGCGCAUUGCGCCCAACUCCGCCAGCAACAUCAUUUCCAGCCUGGCCACUCAAGCACCAGUGACCAGCAGCCAAGGCAACUCCUAUGUCUCGCUCAACGAUUUCCUGAACAACAAAUUUGGUCAGAGUCCUGCAGCCAGCAGCAAUGUUCAUUCUGCUGCCACUUUGCAGCAGCAGCAGCAGCAACAACGGGUGCCGCAACAACAGCAGCAACACUAUCAGCAGCAAGCAACUCUGCCUUUGGAGCAGCAGCAACGGCAACCUGGGGUGCAGCAGCAACAUCACUCCGUGCAGCAGCAACACCACUCCUCCGUGCAGCAGCAACGCCAGCCUGUGCAGCAGCAACUAAGCUUCAUCUCGCAACAAUACCAACAGCCGCAGCAGCAGAACAUCUACCAGCAAUAUAAGCAGCCGCAGCAGCAGCAGCACUUCCAGCAGCAGCAACAGCAACGGACCACAAUCCACACCAAUCAGCAGCCCUAUCUUACGCCCAACAUUUUCGUGCCCUACCACCAGCAGCAGCAGCAGUUGCCCCAAUUCCCGCCAUUAGCUCCGCCCGUGGCGGUGUCCACUGGAAAUAUUGCCCAGGGACCGGUGAUUGCCGGACGCCAUGUGGAUCACCUGAAUGUGCAGCUGCCCACGCUGGCCAAUGGCUUGAUACCUGGCCUGCAGUUGGCCCAAAAGCGGAGCGACGUUUCGGCCAGUCAGCUGCAGCUCACGGACACCACGGGCAAGGGCAGCUUGUCCGGAUCUGGCAAGAGCCGGGAACGAGCCUUCUAUGCCGGACGCACAUCCUACGAUGUGCCCCAGAGCAGCGUGGGUCGAUUGCCCAACGAUAUUACACAGCAACUGCGACGCCGGUUGCGGCGCUACUAG